GUUAAAUUCAACUUCCGGUUACAUUUCUAAAAGGGAGGUAAAAAGUAAGAUGGCGGCGCCCUUGCGAAUGUCAUGCUGCUGAUGUCGCAGGUGCGGUUUUGAUAAACGUAUAGUGAUUUCUGGAACAAGAAAUCCAUUUAUCAUCCUUAUAUAAAGAUUGAAACUGAACGAUGGUCCAUCUGUCAUCACUAUUAUUUAAAAAGUACCACGGAGGUCACGUGGCUAUCCGCCUGGCGCUCGGCGGCGCCACCAACAGACCGUUUUACCGCAUCGUGGCUGCCUACAACAAAAGGGCACGAGACGGGAAGUACAUUGAGCAGCUGGGAUCGUACGACCCUCUUCCCAACAUCUACAACGAGAAGCUCGUCGCCUUCAACUACGAAAGAAUCAAGUACUGGAUGGGUUGCGGAGCUCAUCCCACUAAACCCGUGGCCAAACUUUUGGGCCUGGCCGGAUUUUUCCCGCUGCAUCCGAUGACCAUAACGGAGGCGGAACGCCGGAAAGCAGAAGCUACAACGGUUUCGAAACAGGAAGCGGCUGAAGAUCCAGACGAAGAAGAAAAGCAGGCGGAGCAGUAGCAUUUACUCUUAAUGCCCAAAGUGAUUUUUUUUAUUUUUUUCCCACCAUUCUUUUGGGAGAAAAAAAAAACGCAACACAUAAUGAUGCAAAUAUCAUUAGAGACUUUAACGUGUCCUGAUGGUCGAUUUCUUUAUAUUUUCUAUUUCAUAUAAUUUCUGUGUGUGUGUGUGUGUGUGUGUAUUUAAUGCUAAUAAAUCUCAUCAAAAUGUUUUUUU